CAGGCUCUUUUUAAUCGCUGAGCAUAAGAGAAUUUUUGCUAAGGGAUGGAUGUCGUUUCCUCUCUUUCCCCUUCCUCCAAUGCUAGUUAUUUUGAGAGAAAGUCUCUAUUCUACAGAAACCUUGUUAGUAUUGGGAGGGGGGAAUAGUGAGAAAAACAAGCCACAGGUACCUUGUCUUUAUAUUACUGGAUAAACUGCCAGAUGAGGUUUUAAGGUCUAAAAGCGGUUUUGCUAUGUUGAAUAUCGCAAAAAACAACAUUUUCUGGGAUACCAACAAAGGCAUCAAUGCUCAUGCUUCCCAGGUAAUCCCAGUGGCUAAUAUUUACAGCAAUCUUCUUCAAUGUUGGCAAGUUUUAAAAUCUGUGGACUUACACGCCCAGAAUUCCCCAGCCAGCCUGGACACCUAUGUUUCUGAAUCCAGCUUCUUCCAAGUUGCUGGAUUGCAAUUCCUGGAAUUGGAGGCUAUACAGCUUGGAAUUCUGGAAGUUGAAGUCUCAGAAAGUUCCAGUGGAGGAAAGAACCACUCAAGCACAAAAGAAUUAAAGAAAUCAACGUUGCUGAAACCUUUCAAGAGGCCAGUGAAAAACACAUCUGCUAUUGCAGAAAAGGCUCCCGUAGAGGCUACAGACAGACAGAUAACAGCUCAAUACAAAGAGAAAAAGCAAGAUUAUGAAGAGCAUCAACCAAACAGGGUGCCCAAGUCGAAAAGAGAACUUCUCUUUAGAAAAAGCCAUGAGGCCGGAGACAACAAAAUUCUUCUUGCAUUUAAAGAUGUCUCGUGGAGUCCUUCCAGCGGGACAGAAGAUACAACGAUUCAGAGGUUUUAUUGCGGACAAAAAGGCAAUUUGGAAAGAGACUCUGGAGAGAAGGUGGAGGAAGCUGGCCCCAGCGGUCUUUCCUGUCAAGAUACUACCACCAAGGCAAUGUUUCUGGACUUCGGAUCUUUGCAAAUGAUGAAAGAGGAAGACUCUGAGGAAGACGAUGCCAGCGACCUUUCCGAUUCCGAAAGAAUUCCUAUCCCUCCAUCGCCUUGCACGCCGCCGGAGCUCAAUCUGCGAGCGGAAGAGAUCGACCCUGUUUGCUUUGAAUACCACUUUGAGACGCAACGGAAGCAACCGGACUACCAUUACCCGGAUUUUCUCCCACCACCUUUUAACACCUGGGACUUGAAAGGGUUGGCUGUGUUCAUCAACACCGAGUGCAAAUCAGAACCCAGGCCGGAACCGACUGGAUUUCUUGAAAAAUACGUGGAUCGUCUUUUGGAGUUGGAAUGGCUGCAAAUGCAAACCGUACAAGCCGAGAAAGGAAAGGUAACCAAAGCUCGGGCUCAGACUGCUCCUAGCGUCCUCCGGUCCUUGAAAAGUUCCGGCAAAAGCAAGUUAUUGCACAGCCCUUCAGCAAAUAAACAAUUGACUCUCCCUGGAAACUUUCCAAGACUCCCCAAUGCAGGUCUCAAAAAAGACUUCCAUGGGGAAAAAACCAACCAGGUGACAUCCCUUGAGAGUCCGUUGAAGGCCACUGGACCCAUCCAGGGCUCAUCAGUUCAUCAGAGGAGACCAUCUGAAGCAAAGAAUGAGACCAAAAAGCGGCCUGCCCUCAAGCAGCAUUUGGCCAGUAUGCCUUCUUUUGAGAUCCAGGAAUCCUCCAUGAUCCAUGGAGCUGGUAACAUGAGACCUCCCAAGCCAUCUUCUUCAUUCCAUGGGUCCACUGUCCCCCUUAAGGGGUUGCCAGCCCACAUAGGCCCAAAUCCCAAGAAUGGAAAGACGAAUAAUUAUACUCCUCCCAAAAAAGCCUCAGCAGAUACCAAGCUAAAAACAAACGGCCUGAAACAAACACGGUGCAAAUUUAAAUAAUGCCGGGAUAAGGUUUGUUGCUUUGGUACAGCAAGGUCUGGCGGCCAUUUUCCUUGUUGCAGGAAGAAUCCAGAAUGGUGGUUCUUUAACUUUGAGGUGGACAUUCAUAGGGAGAUGCCGUCGUGUCCUCGACUUCUGAUCCUAUGUUGUCAUUGGUCCUGAAGACAAUAAUUCUGAUUCAUCUCUGCUUCAACUACACUAUUGGACAUGUAGGUAUUCUCGCCCUUGUGAUGUUUGCAAUUACAAGACUCCACAGUGUGAGAUCUUUGGUCUUCCUGGGAUUCCUUCCAUAAGCAUGUAACAACAAAGCAUGCUCACAGCCCAUAUACUCAUGGCCUCUCUUUUUUAAAAGUCGUGAUGUAUGGCCAGCCAUUUUCUUUUCUCCUGUGGUAAAUUUUUGCAGUUUUUUUUUUUAAUUUAUAGGGAAUUAUCACCUUUAAAGUUCAUUCUGGUAUGAUGUACUACUUGUAUGACAUGAUGGGUCACACUAAAUAUUGAGUGGUAAAAGUUGUGGGAAUGAACAUGAAUUAACUUCAUUGGUUACAGUGCAGUUGCUCCUGCCUAAGGAUUAGGGUAGCAGUAUCUAACCUUGGCAACUUUAAGAAUUGUGGAUUUCAAAUCCCAGAAUUCCCCUACAGGGGUGGCUGGGGAAUUCUGAGAGUUGAAGUCCUCAGUUGUCUCAAAGGUGCUUUUUUGAAAGGCAACUGGACUGUUUUUUUCCCUUAAGGAAGAAAACAUUUCGCUUCUAUCCAAGAAGCUUCAUUGAUUCUGGCAGGAUGGUGGGGUAAUGGAAGGAUUAGUUCUGAUAGGAUGGGGUGUGUGCGUGUUUGGAAGGAUCAUAUUGCUUUGCAGUCAUCUGGUUGUUAACACUCUCCCUGGGAGCUCUUGAGGCCACUUGGGGGUUUAUCUGAGAAUUCUGCACUGAGAAUCUCCACAGACAAGUCCGUAGUUCUUAAAGUUCCUAAGUUUAGCCCCAAACCAACCAGUGUUUUCUUGAGUACUCUCUGCAAGUCAAAUCGGUCUACUCUUAUCAAAAGAUUUAUCUCUUUCUCAUAAUGUCCAUAGUCGAUAUGAUCCUAGACAGUCUCUCUAAAUCAGAGUUCUUUCAACCUGGCAAUACCCAGAUAUGUGGACUUCAGUUCCCAAAAUUCUCACCAAUGGCCGUGCUGGCUAAGGAAUUCUGGCAUUUGAAGUCCAGGCACCAAGAGAUUGCCAAGGUGCUGGAAAUUUUCUGUCUCUGUGAUUGUUUUGGUUGUCCUAACAGAAAGUUGGAGUAGAAAAGACGCAGGUGUGUACAGCUGUAAACCUGUUUUACCGAUUGCACUUUUAUCUGGAAAAGAUGCCAUAAAGGCAGGAUAACCAGAAAGAUAAAUAAAUGCCUCCCAGCUGCUUUGUGGCUACAGGAAGGUAUAAAAAGUUAUUCCUAUAUGGUACAUUGACAGCAUGCAAAAGAGAAUCAAAAGUGAGGGGGAAAAAAGACAGCUGAAUUGCUUCUGCCAUUAAAAUAGGAAUUUUCACCAAGAAAAGUAUAAAAGGAAAUUUGAUUAGAUUUUUCUUUUUUUGUAAUGAACCGUUUCACUUUAUUUUAUUUUAAGUCUCGUACUUAAGGAAGAUUGGCCUGCUCCUUUCCAUACCUGCAAAAACACAUUGAAUAUUAUAUUCUGAAAACUGGACAUAACUCUGUGCUAGUCGUUUGUCAGUAAUUGCCAAUAAAAAGAGCAGGGAAGAAGAGACUGUUACAAUCUUAUAAAUACUGGUAAUUUUUUAACUGAGUGUUAUUGAAGGGGGAUUCAGCUCACAACUUCUGCUUUUUUUGGGUAGCAACCCUGCUCUUACCAUAACGGCUAGUUUGAUCAUUAUAAUGAAUUAAUUCUGUCAUCUUUACUUUACUAUUUCAAAGCAUUUGAAACACUUAAAAGCGGUUCAAAAACAGAAUGAAAUCCAAGGUCCUUGCUGCUCUCUGAGCUUGGUGGUUUUCUUGCACACGUUUCAUUACCCAAACUCUGUAACAUCAUGAGUCAUUUUAGCCCUGAGCUACAACUAUUCUCCUUUAAAGUGAAAUACAUCACCCCGUUUCUGUAGGUGGCUGUAUCGAUAAGGCCCAAUUUGAAGAUCUCUGGAUCUUCCAAAAGUUUCAAUGUUUUGUAAGAACUUUGGGUAAGAAAUCUGUAGUUUUGGACACAGUAAAUCCAAUUCAGAAGUACUAUUUGAUAGUAGUGGGAAAUUUCAGAGAAUGCCAGGUUGUGCAAAUAAAAACUGCCCCCUUCUUAUAAGGUUUUAUGUAGCAGUGUGGAGCAGCCAAAACUUUUAUCCCCUGGAUUACACUAUUUUGUACUUGGUAAGCAGAAUACAAUGACAUACAAGUAAUCAAGGCAUUUUCCUAUCCCCCUUCACUGAAUCAUUCAGCUGAUGCAAUUCUCCAGGGGUUUUUUUGGAAGUUAUGAUUUAUGUGCAGAGUUAAUUGAGAUAUACAUGUAAUUAAAUUGACUUCAUGGUUUAUACUGUGGUUUUAUCCCCCCCACUGUCUUUAUCCAACCAUAGCAGUGUAAACUUAGAAAUCAUGGUAUUUGAUUGUAAAAGCAAAUUAAAAAAAAAGGGUUUGAAUUAAUUUUAAUGUAUAAGUAGUCCUCAACUUACAGCCGUUCAUUUAGCAACUGUUCAAAGUUACAAUGGCACUGAGAAAAUGACUUAUAACUGGUCGUUGCACUUACGAUCAUUGUAGCAUCACCCAUGGGGCCACGUGAUCAAAAUUUGGUUGCUUGGCAAUCGGAUGUAUUUACAAUGGUUGCAGCAUCCUUUGCAACCUCCCCAGACGGCUUCCAAUAAACAUGUGGGAAACCGGAUUUGCUUAACAACCAUGUGACUCACUUAACAACUGCAGUGAUUUUCUUAAGUUGCAAGAAAAGCUCAUAAAAUCAGGCCCAACGCACUUAAACAACCACCUUGCUUAACAGGAGAAAUUCUGGUUCCCAAUUGUGGUCGUAAGUUGAGGACUAGCUGUACUUGAUUUUUGGUACCUCAAAAAUGAUUGAAAACUAUGCUGUUCUUUUAAACUUCAUGGAUGCUUUCGGCCAGAUUUAAACUUAAUUCUGUUAUUGAGAGAUCAAGUAAGGCAUCAUUGUUCAAAAGUCACAUCAUGUCGUUGUGAUGAUCAAAAUGUUCUACGUGCACAAGCAUGCGUGGUCAGAAUUUCUGAGUUUUCUCUGAAAAAAAAAAUGAAUAAAUACUUUGUUCAGAACUUUGCA